AUGACAACUCCAGAAACGACUCAAAGUCCGCCAGCUGGCCGAACAUGGCGCAACUACUUUCCCGACGGUGACCUUUGGGUAUUUGGUUAUGGGAGUCUCAUUUGGAAGCCACCACCACACUAUGGUACCAACGAGUCCCAGGCUAUAUCGAUGGCUAUGUUCGACGCUUCUGGCAGGCCAGGUACACACUCCCAGAAUUCAGAUAUUGCCAAGCUAUCACUGAUCAACCUUAGUACCGACCAUCGCGGCACCCCAGAAGCCCCAGGUCGUGUGGUAACAGUCAUCGAACGGGGUUUCUGGGAAAGCCUAGACGACCCGCACGCACAUCUUGAAUCCUCAACAGCCCGCGUCUGGGGCGCAGCAUACCACAUCCCCGCCUCCCAUGCCGAGGAAGUCCACGACUACCUCGACGAGCGGGAAAUAGAUGGCUACACCGUCCACUACACCCCCUUUCAUCCCAUAUCUGCCGUCUCCGCAUCCACCGUCUCCAGGGCCCCAGAGACACAGUCGCCAUCGCAGGCGCAUGCCGCACCAAUCACUUGCAUGGUGUAUAUCGGGCAGCCUAGCAAUCCGCAAUUCCUGCGCGACCCGGCUCGCCGCGAACCGCAGGAUGUCGCGGAGGUGAUUAGCCGCGGGCGGGGCCAGAGCGGGAAGAACACCGAGUAUCUGUACCUGCUCGAGAAAGCGUUAGAGGGGCUAGGGCUCGGGAGUGCUGAUAUGCAUGUCACUGACCUGGUGCGACGGGUCAAGGCGAUUGAGAGCACGGAGGAAGCGACAGCCGAGCAGGCGGCUGCGGAGAGAGACGUGAAGGAAUCCCUCGAAGCGUCGUGGGCCGAGGCGCAUAGGGAUCCCUCGCAGAUCGAAUAG